AUGAAUAUUGAUAGUAAAUGUUUUAGCUGUGAUUCAUUUCUUAUUGAUUCCAAUGAUGAACAAUUUAUCGAAUGUUUGGAUCAAUAUUAUCAUGUUAAAUGUUUUGUAUGUAAUCAAUGUGGACAUUUAUUAUCAUCAGAAGAAUAUGAAUCGAUUUAUCAAUCGAUGAAUAUUGAUGAACAAAUAAAAGCAUUUAUAUGUCAAAAAUGUCAGGACAGUAUUAUAAAUAGCGAAUUUAAAUGUGAGAAAUGUGACCAAAAAAUCACCUGCCACGAUGAAUAUCUUAUCCAAUCAGACAAAAACGAUAAAGAUAAAUUUAUUCACAUGAAUUGUAUUCAAAUUAAAUGUAUCGGAUGUCAGGAACAAAUUAUCUUUCAAAAUGACACCAAAUACUGGAUGCUUGACAAUGGUCUUAAUUAUCAUUUAGAAUGUUUGAAAUGUCAUUUUUGCCAAAAACCAAUGGACGAAAAUUUUGCACUCGAACAGUGCCAAGCAUCAACAGUAUCUGGAACAUUUGUGUUUUGUUGCGAUGAAUGUUUCAAAUCUGAAACUAAAAAACACGGGAUUGUUACUCCAAAAAAUCGUCCAAUUUCUACAUCAACAACAAGCAAUGGGCGAAAACAUCCAAAUUCUUGUUGUAGCCUUCGAAUUUCUACGAAUCAAACAGCAUCACCAUUGACACCAAAGGCAAUAAUAGCCAAUCGACAACGUCAAAAUCUUCAAACGGCACUGCGAAAAGUCGAUCAAAAAAAAUAUUUACAAAUGAAAUGA